GGAAAGACGGUGCUAGAUUUCCUUGUGGCGGAGAAAUCUGAUGUGUACUAGGUAACAUGAAUCGGGGCGAUCGCGGGGCGCAGAUUAAAUUUAGCACGUUAACAGAAUUCUUUCGUACUGAUUAUCUUCACUGAAUAGAUAAACGGAUACAAAUUAAACUGCGCUUUUUCUCUCGUGCUCCACGGAGAAGUGUUUUUGGUCAGACUUGCCAAAAUCACUACUUUGUUUCUCUUAUGGACUGUAUGUGUUACCUAGAAGUAGUCGCGUCUUAGCAGAGUUACGCAUCCCUACGUUAGGUGAAGCUUGGAGAAGCGAGGCCCGAUCUCUUGACCCGUGGAGUACUCUCGAGUCCCUCUGGAUGGAUGGAUGGGUAUGGGGAGAGCAGGACCUUACUACCCCGGGGCUGAGCGCCUCAUCUCCCCGGUCCUACAUCUACUAGUGCAGCUGUGCACCCUCUCCUCUCUCACUCACAUAGGUGAGAGCCAGGUCCAGACUCCACAGUGCCGUAUCCAGAAGUGCACCACUGACUUCGUCUCCCUCACUUCCCAUCUUAACCCUUCACUAGAUGGCUUUGAUACUGAGUUCUGCAAGGCGCUGCGAGCCUAUUCCGCCUGCACCCAGCGCACGUCCAAGAGCUGCAGGGGAAACCUGGUCUUCCACUCCGCCAUGCUGGGCAUCAGUGAUCUCAUGAGCCAGAGGAACUGCUCCAAGGACGGGCCCACCUCCUCUACUCAUCCCGUCAUCCCCAUUGAGCCAUGCAACUAUCACAGCCGUCAUCACCAAGCAAUUCGGCCCGGGACAGGGCCUGGGGCUCCAGAGCACACACGACCAACCUACCUGUUCUGUGGCCUGUUUGGAGACCCUCAUCUUAGGACUUUCAAAGACCAUUUUCAGACCUGUAAGGUUGAAGGGGCCUGGCCUCUCAUUGAUAACAAUUACCUGUCAGUGCAGGUCACAAAUAUUCCAGUGGUAUAUGGAUCCAGUGCCACAGCAACCAACAAGAUCACAAUAAUCUUCAAACCGUACCAAGAAUGCACGGACCAGAAGGUCUACCAGGCCAUAACAGACGACCUUCCAGCUGCUUUUGUGGAUGGCACCAUAAGCGGAGGCGAUAUCGAGUCCCGCAGCAUCUGGAUCCUGGAGAAGUCGCCGGGUCGGCACAUAGAGGUCCACGCCGCGUACAUCGGUGUCACAAUAAUCAUACGCCAGCAGGGCCAUUACCUGACGCUAGCCGUGCGCAUGCCAGAAGAGUUUGCCAUGGCCUUCGACGAAACACAGGACCUGCAGCUUUGCAUGAACGGUUGUCCCACAUCAGAACGCAUCGACCAAGAGGGACAUCUUCAGCUGCCCAUGCUGGGCCUCCAGCAGGCCAGCUUUCAGCAGCAGGCAAGGGUCGGAGCCCAGAGAGGGGUGUUCACCCUCGAAAGCGCCUCCAGGAAGUGCAGAGAGCAACUGGAGGUUAAGGACAUCUAUUUCCACUCCUGCGUGUUUGACCUGCUCACCACUGGAGAUGCGAACUUCACCACUGCCGCCUACAACGCCCUCAAGGACAUGGAGACUCUGCACCCCAAGAGGGAGCACUGGCAUAUUUUUCCUAACUCGGCCCCAGGGCUGAGGCCGUUUUCAAUGCCCCUCAAUGCACUGCUAACCGGCUUCCUCGUCACUGUGCUUUUAUAAGGUGUACAGUGUUUUGAUAACUGUUUCGAAGAAGAAAAAAGACAGAAAACGAGACUGUAAAAAGUCAGUACUCUGGGUAAAGAGUACUCUGUAUAUACUCUCUGUGCGGAGAAUGAAUGUUAGAAUACGAACCUUCAUUAGACUGUACAUUUUGUGUAAAUCAUGUUUUCAAGAGAGCUGAAUAUUGUAGAUUUUUGUGAGUGAACUUUUUGGGAUUUCAUGUUUUUGUCCUCAGGAGAGGAAAUCUUAAUGGAAGCACUUUAUUUUUAGUCGAUUUUUUUCGUUUUGUUUUUGCAAUUAGAAAACUUUUCCAUGGAACCAGUGCUCAAUAAUCUUACACUCGGCACGUUUUCUUUGAUACAUUUCUGUAGGACUCUGUACAAAUGGUACUUACCUCACCAUCUUGAUCUUGUAGAAUCAUUUUUCACAAUGUGGCUGGCGUAGUGAUUGUGUGAUAGCGGUUUAACGAAGGAUCACGUUUACUAGACUUUCACUUUAUCUGUUUUUUUUAGUUCUGGAAUUCAGCUGUUGAGUCACGUUGAUCAGCAAUAAUCAAGUGACGUAUUCAGGCGAACGUAGGAGACGAAGGUUGAAGUGCACUUAAUUCAGAAAUUCAAAUGGAAAUUUUUCUGUCGUUGCAUAUUGGAAACGUGUUGGGAGUUUGGUCCAUUUUAGAAAUGACGAUCAAAAUUUAUUUUGUUUGGUGCAAACUCUACCUAAUGUACGAACGCAAAACAUCCAUCCUGAAGAAUGCGUUUUAGAGACACUAAAAUAAUAAUGCUAAAAGUUUCAUCUAAUUUUAUAGUGAGUGACUCUCAUUGAGUGAACUGGAAAAGGGAUUAUUGCAUAAGUGCUAAAGUGGGCCAUGUCUCAUUCCUAGGCGCACAAACGGACUUCUAGAAUGGCUUCUCGCAAGAUUACAUUUAUUAGCUUUGUCCCUUUGCCAAACACAUAUUGACUAUCUGUUCAAAGUGUUAAGUUCACUUACGUCCUUGUUUUAUCCUUGACCAAAGAUAUGACACAGAAGCAACACACAUGAGAUCUUUUGCCAGACGUACUGUGGGCUUCCCUAUACAUUAUAUUUUGCCAAAAACGAUGGUGUGGUAUUGUCAUGUUUAGCAAGCCAAUGCCAUAAAUCGACUCAUCUACUUGGUUAAAAAAAAAAUAAAAAAAAAAUAUGUGGAAUCUUUAUUUGGCCCUGCAAACAUUGUAUCAGUUAUUUCAUCAGCCAGAAGUGCAACUUGAGCCGUGUUCUUUUGCUGAAUGCACCUCAGCAGUGAUUUCAUUCAGAGAGCUUUCAAAGCAAAUGAAGGAUAUUCCGAAACGCUUAUGUCUCUAUUUGCUUUGAGUGUGGCAUUUGACCUGAUGGACACAACUCAUUUGAUGAAAUCGAAUUAUAUACCUUCUAAGCUUUACUGUCCAACUGCUAUAGAAGCCAUGCCAACACUCCUGUUGCGCACGUUUCAAAACCAAGACUUGCUACUGUAGAGACGUCAUUGUUUAACUACUGCCAGUGCGGAAGAGCUGCUACAAAACUGUGAUAAGUGUAAUCGAUUGUAUUUGGAACACUGGGAGUUUCGCAGGCAGUGAUUGGCCGGAUCCGCAACAGGAUUAUGUGAUUGGUCGAAUGGCCUAAAUCAGUGUACGUGGAAUUUAUUUCCCCAUUAUAAACCAGAACAAAGCGUCAGAGUGCAAUUAAUUAACUGCCAUGGAAAAGCCUUCAUCCUGUGUUUUUGCAUUUCGCGUUUGAUCUUGUGAUCUCUUAUUUUUAUUGUGAACAUUGUUUUUGUGAAGAGUGACUGCUCAAUGUUUAUACUUAAAUUAUUUAUGAAAUAUAGUGUCUUGUUAGAGAAGUUAAGCUCCAUACUCUUGCCGUUGAAAAACGUUUGAGAUGUGAUUGUUCUGCCACCUAGUGGGUCACCAUUGUUACAUCAGUGUUUUAGUAUUGUACGGAUGCUGUUUAAAAAAAAAAUUUAAAAAAGAAAAAAUGUGUUAUUUAAAACAAUAAAUGAAAAAUACAUAAAUGCA